UGCUGGGGGAACUGUGUGAGGCAACGGCUUCUCCCUGCCCCAAGAGCAGCAGGAUAAACGAGCUCUGAGUGGUUCUGGCCCUGAAAGAUGCUGGGGAGAGGAGGGAGGAGAAAUCACUGAGGACCAAACCCACAGGCCCCUCGGCCAGGUCACCAUGGGGGCCCGGGAGGCAGAUACCCUGGUGCAGGAGUUACAGCAGUUGGGAGCCAAGCUUGAGUGCUCUGUAAGAACAAGCAUUCUUACUACUGAGCCAUCUCUCCAGACCUAUUUUCUCCAGCCCCGUGUUAUGUUCAUGUUUGCCAACCGUCUCUUGCAUGGUGUUUAAUCUGUUAUUGAAUGCUCGAGUGAAUUCUUGCAUUGAGAGGCCGCGGCGUGUGGCUGACCUGGACAACUAGCUUGUGUACCAGCAUGUUGUGGAGGCCCGCAGUGAUGACAUCAUCCUAGUGACGCAGCCUCUGGAAAACACCCCAUCGGAGUGAGGGAUAUCCCAUUUUUCUCUCGGACUGCUUUUGAGCAUUUUCUCUUUUUGAUAUUUAAAGUUUUAGGUAUCCUGAACCUUUCAGCAUGGCGUUUUUAGGUAUCACUUGUUAUUUACGGUGCUCACCGUGGGUUGGUAGACUUUAUCACAGUUCUCUGGUUUUCAGUUCUGAGAAAUUUUCACCCCUUUACUCUGCACCUGUCGCCUCUGCCCUUUAACUCUCUCCAGUCUUCUGGAAUUCCAAUUUGAUCUUUAAUAAUUGCAUCAUUCCAUCCCCUUGCCUCUCUGAACUGUAUUUUGGAUAAUUUAGAGCUGUCUUCAAGUAUCAGCAUGAUCAACUCAGCCUUUCCCACUUUCUUUUGAGAAUAUUUUUAGUUGGGAAAAUGUGACACCAUUCAGAAAAGUAUGAGGUAAUAAACGCCAACUUGGCAUUUUUUUGUUUUAAAGAUUUUUUAAAAGUUUUAUGUGUAUGAGUGUUUGUACCACAUGUAUGAAGGAACCCAUGGAGGCCAAAAGAGGUGCUGAAGUCCCUGGAACUGGAGUUACAGAAGAUUGUGAGCCAGGUCUUCCAGGCUGCUCUUGGUGUUAGGAGCCAAACCCAGGUCCUCUGCAAGGAUCUUUUCAUCCCUUCUGUGCGGAAAGAGGAAUCACCUGACUAGGCCACAAGAUCUUGGAAAAAGGAGGAGGGACCCAGGGCCAAGUAGGACCAGGAAGAGCUACGUUGGAGAAGGCUCAGACUUGUUACAAGGUCAUCUUGCUUACGACGGGAGGAAAACAAGGGUGGAGGAGAUGGCUGUCAAUAGAAGAUGCUGACAAAAUGAUGCCUGACACAUGCCCAUGCUGGGACAGGACAGGCAUUAGAAGGGUCUGUAGGGCUGUGUGUGCUGAUGUAGACAGGGCUGCCUAUGUCCCCUCCUUCCCAGGCUGGCACCCCCACUGCAGACUUCCUGACCACAGGUGCUGGCCUCGUGCCCCAGGGCGCCUGUCUGCUGAUGUGCCCAGCGCCUGCCCACCAUGCCGCCCUACAUCUCAGCCUUCCAGGCUGCCUACAUUGGCAUCGAGGUGCUCAUUGCCUUGGUCUCUGUGCCUGGAAACGUGCUGGUGAUUUGGGCUGUGAAGGUGAACCAGGCACUUCGCGAUGCCACCUUCUAUUUCAUCGUGUCGCUGGCGGUAGCUGAUGUGGCCGUUGGCGCUCUGGUUAUCCCGCUGGCCAUCCUUAUCAACAUUGGGCCACAGACCUACUUCCACACCUGCCUCAUGGUGGCCUGCCCUGUCCUCAUCCUCACCCAGAGCUCCAUCCUGGCUCUGCUGGCUAUUGCUGUGGAUCGUUACCUCCGAGUCAAGAUCCCUCUCCGGUACAAGACAGUGGUGACCCAGCGGCGGGCAGCAGUGGCCAUUGCAGGCUGCUGGAUUCUCUCCCUUGUGGUAGGCCUGACACCCAUGUUCGGCUGGAACAAUCUGAGUGAGGUGGAGCAAGCCUGGGCAGCUAACGGGAGUGUUGGGGAGCCCGUGAUCAAGUGUGAGUUCGAGAAGGUUAUCAGCAUGGAGUACAUGGUCUACUUCAACUUCUUCGUCUGGGUGCUGCCGCCGCUGCUCCUCAUGGUCCUCAUCUACCUGGAGGUCUUCUACCUGAUCCGCAAGCAGCUCAACAAAAAAGUCUCCGCCUCCUCUGGUGACCCACAGAAGUACUAUGGGAAGGAGCUGAAGAUCGCCAAGUCCUUGGCGCUCAUCCUCUUCCUCUUUGCCCUCAGCUGGCUGCCACUGCACAUCCUGAACUGUAUCACUCUCUUCUGCCCCACCUGCCAGAAGCCCAGCAUCCUCAUCUACAUCGCCAUCUUCCUCACGCAUGGCAACUCGGCCAUGAACCCCAUCGUCUAUGCCUUCCGCAUCCACAAGUUUCGGGUCACCUUUCUGAAGAUUUGGAAUGACCAUUUCCGAUGCCAGCCCAAGCCUCCCAUUGACGAUGACCUCCCAGAGGAGAAGGCUGAUGACUAGCCUCCACCUCGCUCCCUCCAGCCCACAAUCAGUGUCCUAACUGUCCCAUUGCUCCUCCUCAGCUGCCCCAGCUAGGGUGUGAGCUGUAGGCACCAGGGAGGCUCUGAAGAGAUGCCACAGAGCAGGGCCCCUUCCACGAGGAUCCAGCUGCCCUGUACCUUGGGGAGCUGGAAGAGGCUUUGGAGGUGGGUCAGGUUAUGGCAGGGAACUGGGUGCCCUGAGAUACUGAGUGCCCAUACCUGGCUGUUCUACAAGGCGUUCAGAGAUCUAGGGCUAAAAUAUUCUGGCUCCUACAGUCAAACAGGGGGGCCUGCUAUUAAGACCAACUUCAAGGUGAGGAUAAGACUCCCUCAGAGGAUGGAUAGAGAGAAGUGGGUAUGUCCUGGUUUUGCUUUCUCUCCUGUUCUGUAGGAAAAGAUAGCAAAGUGCAGGAAAAGAGACUUUAUCCCCACCUCCAAGGAUUUUGUGUUUCUGGUCAUACAGGUCCUUCAAUGCCUGUAGUCCUUACCCCGACAAGCCUGUGGUUAUACGUAGACGAGGCAGAAAGAAUGGGACUAGGGACCGACUCUCGGAUUUUGUUUAUUCACAGUCCUGGAAUUCCAGUGGGCCUCUAAGCACUGGGACAUAAGCAUGGUCCAGUAGGUGCUGGCCUCAAGUAGCCAGCAGAGGGCAGCACUGAGCACUUUUGCCCAGAACUUCUGGGUGUCCCCAGUGUAACUUUCUGUCUUCUGGGCCACCAAGCGUCACCAACUCUCAGAGGCAGGCCUGGACUCUCCUGGAUGACACUGUCUCUGCUUCUGGGCCCCAGGAGAAGAAAGCCCCAGAAAGUACAACCCUUGGGAACAUUCUGUCUGAGUGGGGAGGAAGAUGAGGGAAGCCUCCAAGAGGCUCCCAGGUGACAUGGGCACUCCUGGUGUGGGGUAUAGCAGGCCAGAGCAGACCAGAGACCAUGCUCUUGAGAGUGUGAAGGAUUGCCUUGCUGGCAUUCAAAUAUCCAAAAUGCUCCUGGGGGGGUUAAGUUCAGUCUUUAGGGGUUUCAGAAGCUGUGUUACGAGUAUAGUGCAGGCCUUUGUGGGUCUCAGGACCAAUCCAUACCCUGCUGAACCUGGCUUUCUUCCUUGUGUGGACAGCAGGCAGGGAAGGGUGACAGGUUCUGAGUGUGAAUAUUGACUCCAAGUCUUGAUUCAAGGCUCUUCCUUCAGUGGGAGGUGAGGCGUCCCUGGCGCCCAAGGAGGUCCCUAUGUCUAAUAAAAGACUGUGAACCCUU